UCAAGGAGCAUUCAAGCGUUGCUGCAGUUUCUGAUGGAGCUGGCGCGCGAACGAGUUCCUGGAAAAAACUGGAAACUGGUCGUCGAGACGGCAGAUGACAUCAAUGUGCUGGCGGAUUCCGUUGUGCAAGCUAUGUACCCGCCAUUGGAGCCGAGAGUUCUCGAUGUCCGGUCAACUGAGCUCGUUAUGGCAGCCAGACACCUUUCCAGAUUAGUUAUUGCCGCGUCCGGUUCCAGUGCAUCAUUUUCCCCGUCUUUUAUGUCGGAAUUCUUGCGUCCAAGGCAUCGGAAAGUUGCCCGUUUGGUUGACAAAGCCGAAGGCAGUUUGCAAAUAUUGAAGACUGCCGUCUUCAAAGGCUCUGGUUUGGGAGAGUCUUCCCUGUGAUUUUAUUUUCCGGUUUAAAAGAAGACUUUUUCAUGGACGAGUCGUGCUUUCAGCUGUUCAUGUGCACUGAAAUUAACCGAACAGAUUAUAAUCUAAUCAAAUGGAGGAAUUCGAUGAAAUUUUGCAUUCCGUUGUUUUUCACGCGAAUCCAAUUCAGCAUUGAAAUUAACCAAACAAACAGAUUAUAAUCUGAUCAAAUGGAGGUAAUCGACGAAAUCUUGCAUUCCAAUCCAGCACAGCAAAAAUAGGAUGAGGAAAGGAUAUACCUUUUUUGUUGUUGCUGAAAAUGCCUUUGAAGUUUACUUCAUUAACAUUUUAAUCUUCUGGAACGUAGAUCAGAUAGUUGAGCUUUCAAAUUUCGAACAAGAAAUGUUUGUUCAAAACAUUUAACUUCCAUUCCCGACGGCCCUGAUUUUCUUUGCUAAUGCAUAGAUGUCGUUGAAUCGUCAGAAGUAUUCUGAGAUGCGAAUGUGGUUAAUUCGUAUUUUUUAAAGUUUUUAAUUCGAAUCAUGUGACCUGAAUUCAUUAUUCGAAUCUCCUGAAGCUUAUCGAAAAGUGAGUUUUAAUUAUUCAGGUUUGAUUUGCUUCGUUUUUGCCAAUUUCGAGAAUCAGACGACACCUCUCUCGAAAUGCAGAAAUUGAGGCCAGACGUACGAUUUUAACAGAUUAAGUACGCAUUGAAUUCUGUGCUCCUUAACAAAUAAUUUGAGUUUUCCUAGACGGGUAUAUCGUGACGAGGCAGGAAAAAAAAUUGAUUUUUUUCAUUUUCCUUGAUACCGAAGGAAUAAUCGACAUGAAAUGUGAAUUCUAUUCCGUCCUUUCGAAACCGUAAAUUUUUUUUAACCCUCAUUUCAGUUGAGAUUUUUUUGUGCCUUGACUUUUUGUCAGGACGACUUGCGUUUAGUCCUAUUGCGUAGACCAAAAUUUUCAGUCUCAUAUUACGAUGA